UACCAAAUUUAUUUGAAAAAGAACAUUACAAGUGUUAUGAGGCUUCAACCAGGCUUACAAUUUUCCAGCAUUGCAUUUGACUCAAAACAUGGGUAUCUAUUCUUGGCAGAAAGUACAGAACUUUUCUUAUGGUUAUGGAGCGUGAGUGCAAAUAAACAUCAUAUUCUUUCAGUUUCACUUCAGUCAAUAGCACAUGAUCUAACGCUUGACAUGGCUAAAGAGAUGAUUUAUUGGCGAAGUUCAAACGGAAAUAUUUUUUCCUAUGUUUACAACUCCCAAAAUGUUACUGAUUUUGGAACAUCACGAGGUCCCAUGGCAGUAUUUGGGGAUUUCAUUUAUAUCAUAACUAGUGUUGGACGAAGUGUCGUUAGUGUCCAUAACACAACAGAUCUACGUACGAGACGUAAAUAUUUUCUUCCUGCAAACAACGCUUAUCUUGAUUUGGCUGUAGCAAUACACAGUAUCACUCCUGACUCAAACGCGACAAGCACUUUUCACUUUCCUUUGUGUGGACCCAACACACACUAUCGUAAAAUUAAUGGAACAUUGAACUGCACGUGUAUGGAAGGAUACUCAGGAGAAUGUAACUCGUGCAGGAGAGCCAAAGAUUGCAGUGAGGUACAAAAUAAUGGCAAUAACGAAAGUGGAGUUUAUCAAAUUAAUCCUGAUGGUCAGGGUUACUUUAAGGUUUUCUGUGAUAUGAAGUCAUCUGGUGGAGGUUGGACUGUGUUUCAAAGAUGCCUAGAUCGAAGUGUUGAUUUCUAUCGUGGCUGGAAUGACUAUAAAGAAGGUUUUGGUAAUCUUACUUCUGAAUUUUGGCUUGGAUUGGAUAAAAUAUACCGACUAACAUCUGCAAGGAGAAAUAAACUUCGUGUAGACCUGGGAGACUGGUCAGGAAAGAAAGCAUAUGCUGAAUAUGAUUAUUUUGCUGUAAAGAAUGAAAAUAAAAAAUAUCAACUAAGUCUUGGUAAAUAUUCUGGAACUGCUUGGGAUGCAUUAUCCGGGCACAAGAACAUGAAGUUUUCAACCAAAGAUUCAGAUAAUGAUAUAUAUAGUGGAAAUUGCGCUACUUCCAAUAAAGGUGCUUGGUGGUAUAAUGAUUGUUAUUUCUCCAACCUAAAUGGUGAAUUUAUGCAAUGGAGUGGUUUUUAUGACUUGAAAACCAGUGAAAUGAAAAUUAAACCAUGAAGACUUUUCAUAAAUAUUUAUAAUUUCAUGACAAUAUUCAGUAUAUCUUUCAACACAUCAUGUAAAUAUAUGUUUGUUUAUGAGGAAAUAUGCAAAAAAAUUGUGUUAAUUUCAUGAAGUAAUAAAAAAUAUUGUUUCAAUCAAUGAAAUGGAGAAAAUGUGAGUUUAUCUAAAUGAAGCUGAUGUCAUAAAAUCAUACUCAAAAUAACUGCAGUUUUUUUAGUUUUACCAUGUUGUUAGCUGCCUUCUUUAAAGAGAUAUUUUGUAACUAUUAUACUUUAUUCUUCAUGGCAUGAUAUGGUUUCUACAUUUAAUAGAACUUACACGUUUAUAUAGCACGUCGUGUUUUUUCAAAAUAAACAAAUUAUAAAAACUAAGGAUUGAUAUCUGCUUCCACUUAAAUUAAAAAUUUGCAAAGAG